AUGCGCCACAGACUGCGCCUAAAGACUUGCUGGAUGAUAUAGAAAAGCUGCUGGCGGAGUGAAGUAAGGUAGGUCGAAAUAAACUCUCAAUUCACAAGCGCCCCGCCAAUAUUGCCUGACGUAUCAGCAGUUUUAAGCCCCAGCGAUGGAAAGGGCGUAUCACUACGGUCUGCUCUUGCUCUAUACGCACAAUCGAAAGACGGAAAUCCAGAUGGCUAUUGUCGCGCCCGGCAACAAGUUCUUCUGAACUCAAAUAAAAGACAGGCCAUGCGCCUAUUUUUUCACCCACCUUAUAAUCGGAUCUCAUGCGUGGAUGCAUGA